GAAUUCCACACGUUCCAGGCAGGAGGCACAAAAUGUUACCGGGCAGCUCUCACAGCCAGGAAAACUGAGGAAAACUGCAGCAUCAGCAGUACGACGCGAUGUCGUGCCACAAACUGGAAGACACGUCCGCUCCAGGUCUCUACACGCGUCGAAUCACAAAGGAGGUACUGCUGAGAAUAGGCUGCAAUCGAUCCGGUCCUCCAAAAUGCCAGUUGCAAAUCAACGGGUAAACACAGCUAAGCUCAGCAGAACAGCAGGCAGUAGAGUCUCAACUGAGCUGCACCAAAAUCUACGCGAAUACACUUCCGAACCAGGAGGAUCUGAAACAAGCAAAACAAAUACCGAAGAAUAUGAGUAUAAAGAGCAAGGAACACUCGAAGCCAGGGAAGCAUCGGCAGAAAGAAGUGAAGAAACCGCUCGGAUAACUAGUGCAGCUGGUGGAACUAGACACAGAUUGCCCCAGAAAAUGUUCACAACAAAGCGGCCGCAAUAUUUUCCAAAUCCACAAUCCGAUGUUGGUUCGAGCAAAAAUAAACUCCAAUCCUACCGGGGCAGCUUUCUGACAGUGCGCACCACACCGCAUAGUAGGCAUAGUCAGACUGAAGAUCCAAGUCACGUUUCACUGAUCACAAUUGCCAAGAAUAUGCUGAGACCCAUUGUGCAAAAGAGUUCGAUACCAAAGGACUCGGCUUUUGUGGUGCCCAACAAAUGGCAGUGUAUGAAAAAAUUAAAGGGUCUUACGCCCGAUAGACGCACUGUAAGUUUCGGACAGGUCGAUAAAUAGCGAUUGCGAUUGUGUUCCAAUUGCUUACUCAAUGCCAAGACGUGGACAAUGGGUGCAUAGCCAAUGCUGUCAAAAACCUAAUCGAAAUUUGUACAAAUAUGAAACGUUUUGGAAUCAAAAAAAUGUUAAGCCACUGCACAAGCUCGAUUGAGUCUGGAAUGAAUCACAACAAAUCCAAAUGCAAGAAGCCGGCUGCAGACUGCAACUCGGAUUACACUGAAGCCCCAAGCGAUAAGCGAGAAAUGCGACCAAGAGUCAGCGAAGAGCUCCCUACCCACAGCCGAGCACCCAUAAAUCCCAUCGUCAGGACUCAGUUUGUGCUUGGCAAGGUGAACGGUAGCAGCGUUUCUUCGAGGAUGACCUUGAAUCCUCUGGUGCGCCACUUGGGUGGCAACUCUUGUGAGUUGUGCCCGUUGUGCGGUCAGUAUGAGAUUCCCAUUGACCUGCCACCCGAUGGUCAAAACUGGAUUUGUGGCAGGUGCAAUGACAAGAUCCUAACUGCACUCGGCGACUGCCAGAGUCAGCCCAACUCGGAUUCCAUUAACAUCUCUUAUGAACCGACACCCUUCAAAAUUAUUGUGCUGCAUGACUCUGAGAGUAGGCUCUUAAUAGAUCAGCUGACUUCAGCCUUGGAGCUUACCUGUCUCCAGCGCAAUGGGCAACCAAUUAACCAUACCAACAACAGCUAUGACUGCAACCACAAUGAUUAUAUAAAUGACUUGAGAGCAUCGGAGAGUAGCAGUGGGCAACCAGCUAACCAUACCAACAACACCUAUGAUAGCAAUCACGAUGAUUCUUCAGAUUUUCACGGUUAUAGAGCUCCGCGGAAUAGCACAAAUAGUGCCGGAUCAAUCACAACCAAUCAACAGGCCAUGAAUCCCAAUUCUCCAACGACUGUGGGACAAGUGCAAUAUGACCAUACUCAAAACCGCAUCUACAACUAUGGAGAGGAACAGUAUAGUUGUCCUGGACAGAAUGGUCAGACAGGCCAUGGAUACAAUGAUGAUUCUAUUCAACAGAAUAAGCGACCAGGAAAUAGUGUUUGGGAAGGUUAUGAAACUAAUUAUUAUCCUAUUCCUGCGGGACAAAGACAGACUCCCCGGGAUUGUAAUGAAAAUACAAUGCAACCGAUAAAUGAUUACCCGGAGCGACAAACUGUAGUCAAUGAUCAGCGUUUCAAGUGUGAACCAACUGUCAGCAGUAGCAGUAACUGUGGCCACUGCUGGAAGUGUCAGGAGUCGAACGAUAAGCUUUUGCUACUCAUUACUCAGGCUUUAGAACUGUUUCUAAACAAUAGGCAAAUGGAUUCAUUCACUGAAAAGCACAAGAAGUCCAAGAAGAGUUGCAAUGCGAAUAAUUCCACAGCUACCUUCACCUCAGGAAAAGCCUGGAAAAAUGCUUCAGAUACACGUGCCUCAUCUUUGCGAGUUCCAGCUCAGUACAAGGAAAAGGCCAUGGGAAAAUCCAUGGCUCAGGCAACGGAAUGGCCCAAAGGAAAACCCAGGUCCGAAACAUACCAGGCAAAUAAACAGAAAUUCUUUCUGCCCGACGUAUCGACAGGAUCUGGCCACUCGAUGAGCAAGAACUCUCAGGGUGCCUGUGGCAAGUCGAAUUUGAAUGAUUGCCUCAAUAGAAACCCAGCUAAUCGCUGCACGCAGCCAGUCAACAAUGGAGCUCGCUGUCCAUGCUCCAACAAGUGUGCUCAAUCCAGGCAGUCUGCUGCUGCUGCUAACGAUAAUAAUAAUAAUAAUAAUAAUGAUAGCAGAGCUGUUGCCAGCUCCAAGUCACCUGCCAGUGGCUGCCCCUGCUUCAGGCAGCUGGGUCGCAUGGGUGGCGGUGAUUCCACACCUCGUUCGCAGGCAAACAGGUUGGGCGCAAGCAGCUGCAACAAGGGAUGCAACACUGUGGCGCACUUCAAACCCGGCACGCAGCAACUUCCAUUCAAGUAUAGGCUCCUCUCCAAUGGGGAAUUCGUACGGCGCAGCCUCGUCCGGACAGCAGCGGGAGCAACGCUCCAUGAGAAUGUGCUCAGCAAGGAUGCGAUGCAUAAUCCACAUACUUCAACGCAUUGCUUUGGAUGUACUUCCAGUUUUCAGUUUGGGCAGUGAGUGCACAAAAUUACGCAAUAUAUAGAUCGGAUAUAGUAUCUGACUACUUAUGAGUUACAGUUAUCGUAUGCGAACAUAUAUUGCUUAAUUUUGGGCAAUCGCGUAGUGGUUCAUAAUUUUUGAAACAAAUUUUCCGCAAAAAUACAAUUUAGCUAUAAUCCAAAAUUCGAAUAGUAUAAUAAAACCGGUAAAGCAAAAA